AUGUUCAAAGCCCUGAUGGGCGGGGGCCGCUCGUCGUCCUCAUCCGACGUUCGCAGCAGUUCUAAGAGCAGCCGGCGCAAGUCCGACAGGCCUGACAAUUCUGACACAAGAUCGAUCUCAAGUCGCAAGUCCGCACGGGGUGACGACCGUGACCGCGGCCUGGGUGAUUUGUCGUCUUAUUCGUCUUCGGCUCCCCGCAGUAAGCGUGGCCCACUUAGCACCGCUGGCGACUCUAUCUCAACCUAUGUGACCGCCGAGACAGAACCCGUUGAUGACGCCGAUCGCGACUAUAUUGAACGCACACCCAAACGCAGAGACAGUGAACGAGAAAGCAAGAGUUCUCGUCAGCGCGACCAGGACCGAUCUGAAAAUCCAGAGCGUGAGAAGAGAGGUAGCCGCCGAGGAACAGAAGAUACUCUGGACGAUGACUUGGAUCGGGAGCGCGACAGUCGCGAGCGUCGCCGCACUCAGUCAGGGGACCCGUAUGUGCCUCCGAUCUCCACAAACGUGUCGGCUAGUGCCCCCGGCGCGCAGUUUGCCGCCGAGAUUGGCGCACCGGGAUUCUCGCAAUUCCCCAUGCAAUACGACACUGGGAUGCCAUCCGCAGGCCAUUCUCCAGCGCAUGAAGUUCCGUAUGAUCCGCACGUGCAGCAACAAUUCCCCGGCCAAUUCCCCGAGCAAGUUUCUGCCCCAUAUCGGCCGCCUAACCCUGCUGGCGCUGCGGCAGACUACUAUGGUGACCAAGGCCAGUCUGUUGAGCACCAGCCCGGUGUUCGGCCGGCUCCCCCAAGUGUGCUUCCGAACACGCAAGCUCACUUGAUGGCAGCAUCUCCAUCGGCUAAUCCACCUCCAGAGCCUAGUAGCCUGGGCGAAACUGGUGCGGCGGCGGCCUAUUUUGACGACAACUUCCAUGCUCCGGCACAGCAAGAUCAGCCGCCGAUAGUGCCUCCAUUUAAACCAUCGAAACCGUCUAAGCCUUCGAACCCUUCAUCGUCGGGCGUUCUUCCUGCUGCCGCCGUUGGAGCUGCCGCCUAUGGCAUUAGUGGUAUGAUGUCUCACUCUGAGUCGCAUUCCCCUCCGCAGCACACUACUUCGUACGUCCAGCAGGGUCAGCCAACGGUACAUGACCACCAGCCAACGGUACAUGACCACCAGCCAAUGGUACAUGACCACCAGCCAACGGUACAUGACCAUCAGCCAAUGGUGCAUAGCCAGUCAAUGGAAUACCCUCCAUUCAAGCCGUCCCAUUCGCAUAGCUUCAGUGAAGGUGUCGGCAUUGCGGCUGCAGGUGCUGCAACGGGGUACAUGAUAGAUCAUCACCAUCACCCCUCUAGCCCCGAGCACGCACCUCAUUACGCUUCUCAGCAUUACGAGCAAUCUUCUCAGGCUGGUGGUAUGCCGCCGUAUGCCCCUGGCCCUAGUAAUGCUUUGUAUGCUCCAAGCGCGGGUGGAUACGGUGCUCAUGCUGCCUACAACCCGGGUUACUAUCCUCACGGACCCAGCGCUCUGGCUUUCCAAGAGCGUCAGCGUGGUGCCAUGGGAAGAUUUGUUGAUUUCUGGCGUGACCCUGAGGCCGUUGGAAGAUUUGAGGACUACACGGAAAGUAUAGGUGUGUGCAAAUACUGUUUCCAACCUGGUACGAGCUCCAUCGAUGCUCCUCGCAAGCACCAUUACUACAGAAACCGCCGACACUCCGCCGACCGGCGGAGCAGUGGGAGCUCCAGAGUAAGCAAAAACAGCCGAUACAACUCCUCUGAAGAUGAGGGCCGCCGACGGUCAAAGUCCAAGCAGUCUUCCUCGUGGCUGCCUGGCAUGCUAGCCGGUUAUGCGACCAAGUCGCUCUUCUCGAGCAAGGAGUUUGACGAUUCUUACAGCCUUCGCUCCGGCCGAGGGCCCUCCUCCCACAGGGAAGAAGAUGACCGAAGGAGCCAUACCUCUCGUGGUGUGACCCGUCGUUCUGGCCGCAGUCCUCACAGAGACUAUCGAGCAGACUCCAAGCAUGCAUCUCAGUCUGGAUAUUCUCGGCACACAAGCUCCCGAUCUAGGUCUUCCUCUUCUGGCCGGCAUUCGUAUCUCAAGGAGGCCGCACUUGGUGCCGCAGUGGGUGGGGCCUCGCUUGCUGGUGCAAAGUCGCGUAACCGCUCCCGCAGUCGUUCUCCUGAAAGACGACAACGCCGAAAGGAUUCAUCUUCAUCAUCGUCCUUUGUUAAUAUUCCCAGGCCCAGCAAGAAGUCCAUCGCUGGUGGAAUCGGGUCUUUCUUCACUUCUUCUUCUGAGAACAGGAAGAAACAUCACACCAAGAAGCGGAGCGGUUUUUUCUCGUUCAAGAGUGGCUCUUCAUCCUCUUCAUUGGACAAUGAUCUUGCCUUCGGACAUAGGCUGCCAAUAAAAUCUUCCAAGCCUAAGAAGAAGGGCAAGAAGGGUCCAGAUGUUGAUGCCGCUUUGCUGGAACUUAGCGACACAGCAACCCGUUUGGCUCGCUCCUCGCCCCAUGCUCCUGGGCGCACUGCAGGUCAAAUGUACACAGCUCGACCCCGACAGUCUAACUACGCCCACUCUACCACACAGGAUGAAGAAUGGGUCGAUGCUGAGUCAGAGGACCAGUUCUCUUCAAGUGUUAGCUCUGCGCUCGCAUUCGGGGAAAGCAGCACCGAGUCUUCCUCCGACUCCGCCAGUAGCAAAUGGGGCUGGAGAUGGGGAAGCAAGAAGUACAAGAAGAAGAAAAAGGACAAGCGGUUGAGUGCUACAAAUGCCGCUCUGAUAGCUGGCGCUGGAGCCGCUGUGAUUUCUUCCGCUCGCCACCGUGAUAGUAACCCCCCAAUUAGGCCUGGAAGCCUGCAGCAAGUUUACCCAAUGCCUACUUCCGACCCAUCUCGCUUUGAUGUGGCAUCUGUAUCUGCAGGAGAGCCAACUCUCAUCAGGCCAGGGCCCAUUCCCCUUCAGCAGCCUCAGCCCUUCACCCCAGUCUCCCAAUCAGUGUACACUACCCAGGGAGCUGUUCCGGGGUCGAUCCCCGCGUACAGCACCCCAGUGGCCCCACCCCUCUUCGCCAAUGAAGUUGAACACUACGACUCGCAGUGGCAGUUCCAAGGUCCUCGUGAUGCAGCAUGGGCACCAGCAGAAUCAACAUACGCCGACCGCCGCAGAGAUCAUCGACGCAGUGAUUCCUCUCCUGUUUUCCCUACCCAGGAAACUGCUUCCACCCUCAAGCGCCGGUUCACUGCCAAGGAUCAAGCGUCUGUGCAGUUUAAAUUGACGGAAGAGCAAGCAGAGAGGGAACGCCACCUUACUCGUCGCAAUGAGAACUAUCGAGGUGAAGUUGCUGAUCAACCGGUUCAACUGAUUGACCGAGAGGAGGAGCUGGCCCACCAGGAAACUGAGCGUCGAGAGCGACGCCGAAAGGAGCGAGAUGAAGAGCGCCUGUAUACCGGCGGCAGAGAAAAUGACUCCUCAUCAUGGGUUGCUGCAGCGGCUGCCGGAGCUGUUGGCGCUGCCGCUGCCAGCACUAUUCUUUCUCGCAAGACAAAUGAUGACGAAGCCUCUGAAGCCAGCCAGCGAUAUAAUGAGCGCCGAGAAAAACGCCGCGCUGAGCGGAAGCGCGAUACUGAUACAGUAGCGGAUGCGAUCGUGUCGCGGUUUGAGCCCACUCAGCCUAUUAACGAAGAAGUGACCACGGGGGAAUACUGCGAAGACCAGAAGAAAGGGUCUCCUCAAUCACCCCGUCCAGCACAGGUUUAUGAUGAUUACGCCGAAUUUUAUGCCCCCGAGGAGAUACGACAUAGCCCAGAUGAUCAUGCUCGCAGCCGUAGCUCCACUAAUAUGCCCACCAUUGUGGAGAUAAAGCCCGCCAGCGAACGAGGUACACAUGAGGAGCUCGCCCCCACAGAGUCAAACUAUUCAUACGAACCCUAUCAACACGUGGACCGCCUCCCAUGGCGAGUCCCUGGGCUCAACUUAAUUGAGCCAACUCCUCCCCAAAGCGUGAACGGUAGUGCUGUUCGUGACGCUACUUCUCCAACCACCCCUGUGAAUAAGUCUUAUGAUACCAAGCCUCACGAACGACCAACCGGCUCCCGUGUCUCCUGGGGUGAGCACCAAACUCACGAGUACGAAGUCCCUUCUUCUUCUGAGCAGGAUCCUCUUGAGCAUGAUAUUUCCCCUACCGAAAUUUCCGCCAAGGAUGUUCCUCUCCCGGCAUCCAAGAUAUCCCAACCCAAGGAUAUUUCCGGCCCAUUGCAAUAUGGGGCCGAUAUUGAAUUCGCGGCCACAAUUGCUGCUGCGACCGCCGCAGCUGGGUUCGACCCCUCUUUGAUCACAGACGACCCAUCCUACCACACCCGCACUUCCCCCCCCGGGUCGGAGAACGAACACACAUUUACCUCACCCUGGUCUGCACCGGCUCGCAAGCAGCCCCACGGCUUCGUCGAGGGCGAGGUCGAAGAAACUGAUCCCAAAUCUACUAAGAAUAUCACUUCUACCCCUGAGCAUGUGAUCCAGGACAAGGAUGAGCUUCUCUUCGACGAGCCAGAAUCCCUCUUAGGAGAUCAGGAUAGUUCGUCGGGCCGCCGUGACAAGUCCUCAAUUGCGCAGGAGGUCAUUGAGCAGCUGAAUGGUAAAUAUGGCAAGCGCGACCGUACCACUUCUCCUGAAAAAGAUGUAGAUGUCCUCUCGAUGCCUGGUGGCUUUGAUACAGCCAACUCUAUAGACUUAGCCGACGCCAGAUCCGUGGUCUCAGCGCCGGCGCCUGUUAUCAUGGACCCGGAGACCCCGACCAAGUCCAAGUCUAAGAAGCCAAGGGAGAAGGGCGAUGCCGUUGAUCUCUCCGAGUUCCAAGAGCGGGAAUUCGCCGGGUCUCCUAUUCUGAAGGACGAGACACCGAAGUCCCGCAGCUCCCGGCGUCGCGGCGACGAUUUUGAGAUUUAUGAAUCACAGGGGACGUCUCCAUCUCGGGCUGAGACUUAUUCUGUUGUCUCUGCUCCCGUAUCGAAGGGUGAAACAUCCAAGUCUAAGCCCAGGAAAUCCAGAAGGAGUGAUAAUGACUUGGGCAUUGCUGAAUACCUUGAUUCCGUGGCUCCGGAGUCUCGUGAUGAUUCUGUCUCUGUUAUCUCUGCUCCUGUUUCGAAGGACGAGAGGUUCAAGUCCAAGUCCCGCAAAUCUCGACGGAGCGGGGACGAUUUCGCGAUCUACGAGUCACGCGAACCAUCUGAAGCUCGGGAUGAUAUCCGCUCUGUUAACUCUACUCCCAUCGGCAAAGAGUAUGUGUCAACCAAGUCAGGGAAACCAAGACGCAGUGGUGAUGAUUACGAGCUCCCUAGAUCGCAAGAGAUCUCCGAAUCUCGUGACGACAACCGGUCUGUCUUCUCUGCACCUGUCUCGAAAGACGAGACCAGCAAAUCUCGCCGGUCUCGACGUAGUGGCGAUGAUUUCGACCCACGUCGUGAUGCCGAAGCGGCUUCUGAUGACGCGGAAGGUGACGAGGAAAAAAAGAGACGUCGCAAGCGUCGAUCCAACCGCGAAAGUGACACCUUGUCUGUCGAUGACGAUGCUCGCUUGACCAUUACGGACAUUGGAGACGACAAGUCUGAGCGCCGCAAGCAUCCCUACCGCUCAUCCCGUGAAACUAACAUUGAUGACAAUGCCUCUAUACCCUCUUCUCCAGCUCAGGUUGACGAGUCCCUGGAGAAGCGCCGUGGCAAGGAUAAGAAAGAAAAGAGUGCAGGCUUUUUGCGAAGUGUCUUUGGCUCACAAGUCUCGGCCCCAGCUGAGAAUAUUCGGCCUGACCAUUCUCGCUCUUCUUCUUUAGAUAAGCGCUCAUCCCGCGAAGCGAUAUCUGAAGCUGGUGUGGAUGAUGAACGCCGUCGCCGUAAGAAGCACCGCAGCUCUAGCAAUGCUGAUGAGCUGGAUCCUUACAUGUCGGACAAGGAGAGGAGUACUCAGGACGACACAAAUCUGAAGGAGUACAGGUCUAGUAGACAGCAAAAGGAAGAGCGGCGUCGUCAUCGAUACGAGGAAAUCGUGGAUUCGGGAAGGAAACGGGAAUCCGAGAAGGACGGAUAUAGUGCCAACUUCGACGACCAAUUCUUUCUAAGGAAGCGCCCGGAUAUUCUAGCCGCGGAUCAGCGUGAAGAUUAUGGUGCUUCGUGGCUUCCAGCCCCAGCGGUUAGCGCAGCUGUUGUAGCUGCAGGAUCAGAACGGAAUGAGAUCCCGCAGCAGAGGCCCCGGAGCCAAUCCACCUCUCCCCCAGCCACGGAGAGGACACUUGACUUGACCCCGAAGUCUCUGAGCCGCCCCGCUUCACCUGGAACAGGCCGCCCCCAGGAGUCCCCAUUCCCCAAGCAACGCCGACACUCCGUGGCUAAGUCCACCACUGAAUCGCCGACAGCCGUCCCUCUCCACUUCCGCCGUCCCCCAACUUCCCCAGGCCUCUCGCGCGCAGUCCCCGUUGAACAACCCUCCCCCACCGCCUCCCCAGGCUCCCCAAGCCAGCAACGCAACCGCCGGCCUGCAUCGGUCGAGUUUCGAAACUCGCGCGAGAUACGCCCUCUAUGGCUCGUCGAGCGCCACAGUUUGAUCAAGGGUGAGCCUGAGACUGAGGAGCCCUUGCCAUCGCUCCCAUCUAGCAAGACCUCCUCCCGAGCCCCGUCAGUAGAGGACCUAAAAUCCCUUCGCGAAGAUGACGGCCUUAAGAGCUGGGAGCAUGUAGAUCUGAGCCACUCAAUCAUGGAGAAUCAGCGGCCGACUGGUCUGAUGAUUUCAACCGACCAAACCAACGAGAGUCAUGAUAGAGACCUUGAUCUCCUCGGCUCGCAGCAGGCCACGCCUACUGCUGAACACUUCCAGCACGCGGAGCCUAGGAAGGAAAGGCCCAGAUACGAGUUCCACUCCCCCUCUGAGCUCCUGCGGGACCCCGCUGUUCUGGACGAGUUGCCUCCGUCACCUACACUGGACAUCCUGCCUUCAGUAGAGGGCUCCCUUGUUGGUGUUGCCUUUAGGGAGCAAGAAACGCAGCGUGCGCUUGAUGCUCUUGAGGGCGUAUCUCGCCCUCAGCCUGAGGCGGAAACCCCGGCCCAAGAACAUGAUUCGUCCUUCAGUAGCGCUGCAGAUUUCGCCAAGGGCGCUGGCUCUGCCGGUGUUGUCGAUGCAGCUGCCGUUGCCGUUGCCGUUGCCAGGGAGCAUGACGAGUCUCGCUCCUUGCCUGCAGAUGAACCCACUAAGACACAUGACUUCGGCGAUAUUGUCGAUGCAGCGGUUGCCGCUGACAGUUCCUCUGACGACCAUGGCAAGGCCCUUAUCAGCGAGGAGACGCUCAUUGAGCCCGUCCCUGCCACCGAAGAGAAUCACUCCGCUGACAAUGAGUCCGUGCAACCGGGUAUGGAGGCAGCCAAGGAAGUCGAUCCUGAAUCGACUGAACACCUUCUUCAGUCUUCCAAUCUUCAAACUCAACCAGAGACUGAAAUGGCCCCCGAUAAGAAUGUGGCUACUCAAUCUCCUAAGAAGAGAAACAAGAAGAAGAAGGGCAAGAAGAAUCAGGCCCAAGAUGCGGAUCUGGUAGCCUCCGAGGAACCGGCCGAUCAAGAGAAUUUAUCCAAGAAGUUGGUGCAGGACCCUGCUGAAGUGCCUGUGCCUGAAGCUAUUACUGCUGAGCCUAAGCUUGCUGUCACUGAGCAAUCCGAGACUGAGUAUGUUGAGGUACCCCACGAGCCUAGGCCUGAGCUUCAGGUUGAUGAGCCUGCAGUCGAAGCUGCUCUUGAGUCUGCGGCCGUCGAGAAGGAUUCUGUUAAGUCCGAUGUUGCUAUUCCUGAGCAACCUGGGGCUGAGCCUAUGGUUGAAGCUACUCCUCUUGAGUCCGUUGCGGCCGAGAGUGCUCCUGUUAAGCACGAUGUUACUAUUCCCGAGGAAGCUGAGGCUGAGCCUAUCAAGGCCUCUCGAGAGCUUGAAAUUGAGCCUUUGGUGACAACGCCUGAAGUUGGCACGGCUCCUGAAUCCGAGGCUACCCAGGACACCGCAUCAUCGACUAAAAAGGCUAAGCGUGACAAGAAGAAGCAGAAGAAGAAAUCAAAAAGUGCGUCUACUUCUGACGAGCCUGCAGGUGAUACUGUCCUUGCUCGGCCCCAGGAUGUUACCUCUGCCUCCAAGCAGAGUGAGGGCGAGCAGCAAGACAUCGGUCUUGCCGCCGAAGAGAUUCAAGCACCGCCUUUGCCCGAGGAUAUUGCUCCUUCCACUGAGAACACCUCUGACCCGACUGUGAUCAAGUCUGCUACCACUGAUGAAGAGCAAGUUCGAAGCCAGCAGGAAUCCGGAGAGCUGGUUCAGCCUGUGGAACAUGUGCCCAGCGAGGAAUCUGUUCUACCUGUUUCCGAAGAUCCCAGUUUGCCCAUCGAGAAAGAGCAGACCCCGGAGCCUGAUUUUACUGACGCUAAAGAAAGCUCAAUUGCCGGUGCCCCUCAACCAGAAGUGGAGGAAAUAUCCCGCAACCUGGAAGAGAUUGAUAACCCAUCUACUCCAGAGGCCCCAGUCGAUAGCACCACGCCUGAAAUCCCCCAAACACCCAAAGAAGACACCGAAGGCGAAGACAACUUCGAAGAGGCCGUUGAAGAACAUACUCCACAGCUCGCCGAGGAAAAGGAGCCUGCAACGGAACCUCGCAUCGACGUGGCUGCACAUGACCCUGUAGACGCAUCAGAAACAAAGGCAGAGAAGCGGAAAAACAAGAAAAAAAAGAAUCGCAAAUCCGCUGCUGUCGAAGAAACUCGCGAGACUGAAUCCCAGCUAGAAAUCCAAGAGCUUGAACCUGAGCAAUCAGCUGGUGCCGAUCCUGCGGAUACCCGAUCCCCUCCAAUUAGCGGUGAAGCCUUACCUUCUGAUCCUGAACAUCUUGAACAGCCCUUCGAAACCACCAUUGAGGAGCCUGCAGCUGCCCAAGAGCAGAAGCAAGUUCCAUUGGAGGCCACUGUGGAUGUAACACCUGUUGCAACCGAGGCAGUGGGCCCCUUGGAGCCACCUGAUGAACUGUCACAGCCAAUUGCCAUUGAGGUUCAGCCUAGCGCCGAAAACCUGGAUCCUGCUGAGGGGGGUCCUGACGAAAUCUCACAGCCUUCUACUGUUGAGACUCAACCCGAAACCGAAGUUCAAGUCGAGCCCGAAGUCGCCUUGACUACGGCCCAAAAGAAGAAGGGCAAAAAGAAUAAGAAGAAGGGCAAGCAGAGUGAAUCCAUCAUUCCUGACGACGAGAAGCCUGCUGAAUCUACCUCGCCGGUACCUGAGAUUGAGGCUGCCACUGAGGAUAUAGCCAAGAAAGCUCCUCUUGUCAUAGAAGGCGCACUGUUGGAUGCGCCUCCCCAGGAGAGCGAGAUAGAGCUGCCCAUCAAGUUCGAACAAUCGCUUGGGGCCGAGCCACUUCCCGAGGCUGAGCUACUUUCCGAGGUUAUGCCGCCCCAGGAAGAAGCUUCUUUUGACCCCCUUCCGCAACCAGCGAUACAGGCGACAGAGGCAGAGAUGCCUAAAGAAGAACCCAUCGCACCCGAGGAGCAGCCCAAAGCCGAAGAAUCUCCUGCUGAGCCAGAGGCUCCUAUGACCGCUGCGGAGAGAAGAAAAGCCAAAAAGGCGAAAAAGAAACAGCAAAAGGAGCAGGAAGAGAGCAUUGGUUCCAUUGUGAAGCCCGUUGAUGCUGUUCCUGCGUUCGAUGCCGAACCCGCUGAUCCAAGCAAGGAUAUUGCUCCAACUGCAGAAAUUGAUGACGCUGUUCCAGCCGACUUCUCUGGACCGGUUUCUUCCGAGCAUGCUCAGGCUGAACAGGAGGUUGCGCCUAUACUUACAGAACCCGAGGCAGCUCCACUCACCGAUGAUAUUCUUCUGCCCGGCGAUACCGAGACUAACGAGGCAAUGAGAGACAUCGAGCCCCCCGCUGAGGCUAAGCCCUCGAUAGAAGACACUGCCCCGUCGUUUGAGAUUGAGCCCGCCGAAGCUCCCGCUAAUGUUCCAUUUGUACCGGAAGAAGCCACCGCUCCCGUCGAUAUGCGCCAAGAUUAUGAACAGCAAGACGAUGUUGUCAAGGCAGAGGAGCUGAAGAGCGAGGAUGUGACUCUAGCGCCCACCGAAGAGGCCUCGGCAAAUUCUCCAGAGACCGAUGCCCCCAAGACACAUGAAAAGUCUCCUGAAAUCGAGGUCCCAAUGACUGCUGCCGAGAGGAAGAAGGCCAAGAAAAACAAGAAGAAGCAGCAAAAGCAAGAGUCUGUGCAGCUUGAAGAGAAGCCUACGCCUGAGAAUAAGCCUACUUCUACCGAGGAGAAGAGUGGCGAACAAUUUGGCGACAUUUUGCCUGAUCGUGAGGCCACAACUACUGCUGAAGCCGUUGCAGGCCUUGAUGAGCCUACAGAACCCGAGGCAGCCCGUGACCUUGAAGCUGAGACCAAGCCUGAAGAGGAACAAGCUCCGGAUGUGCCAAUCCUCGAUUGCGAACUUGCUCCCGAGACACCCGCAGACAAGAUUAUUCCUAUACCGGAGAUUGCUGAACUAGCUAUUGAUCUUCGAAAUGACGACAAAGAAAGCGGCCUAGAGCCUAUAGUUGAGGUCCCCGCUCCCAUGGAAGACCCACAGAAAGAGCAAAAGCUUGAUUCGGCCGUCGGCGAGGAGCCUGUUUUAGACAAGUCUCUCGAAGACGAGCCCACAGAGUCUCCACCAGAGCCUGUUGUGGAGGAGAUUCAGUCUACGGAAUCCACAGAAAAUCCAGUGGUGGAGGAGGCUGAAGGUGAACAGACGGCAUCUUCUUCUAAGUCGAAGAAGAAGAAUAAGAAGAAGCGCCAAUCAGUUGCCGCUGAGGAAGAGCAGCCUGUACCCGCCGACGAAGAGUCUAGGGCUGCCCCUGCCGAAGAAAAGAAUAACCUCGCAUCCCUGGAAGAGGCGCCUAUACCUAUGCUAGCCGAGAGUGAAUCCAGCGAGCUCGCGCUAUCUAAAGAGCUUGAACAGCCUUCACACGAUAGAGACACGGAGCCUGUUAUUGUGGUCGAAGAGCCCUCUCCAGAAGAAACCACGCAGCUAGAGGCUGCUACGGAUGUAGCCGCCACCGAGGCCGCUGCAGAGGCCUUAAUGACCCCUGCUCAGAAGCGCAAGGCUAAGAAAGAUAAGAAAAAGCGGCAAUCAGUUGCCGCUCAAGAGCAGCAGCCUAUACCGACCGAGGACGAGUCCAAGGCUGUUCCCACUGAGGAAGAGGUUCAAAUUAUACCCACCGAAGAGGAACCUACACCUGCGCCUACUGAGUGCAAAUCUACCGAACCCAUAUCAUCUCAGGAGCCUGGGCAGACUUCUCCCAAUAAAGAUACAGAGUGUCCCAUUUUGACGGAAGAGGCGCCUAAGGCCGAAGAGCCCUCCUCGGAAGUCACAGCACAGGCAGAGACCCCUUCCACCGGCAUUGAGACCGCUGAAGAGUCAUCAAUGCCUCCUGCUCAGCAGCUGAAGGGUAAUAAAGACACGAAAAACCGACAAUCAGUAACCACUCAAGAGCAGCAGCCUAUACCGACCGAGGACGAGGUUAACAUUAUACCUACCAAAGAGGAACCUACACCUGUGCCUACUGAGUGUAAAUCUACCGAACCUAUAUCAUCUCAGGAGCCUGAGCAGACUUCUCAAGAUACAGAGUGUCCUAUUGUGACGGAAGAGGCGCAUAAGGCCGAAGAGCCGUCCUCGGAAGUCACUGCGCAGGAAGAGGUCCCUUCCGAUGCAGCCGGCCCUGAGACCGCUGAAGAGGCAUCAAUGACUCCUGCUCAGAAGCGGAAGGCCAAGAAAGAUAAGAAAAGGCACCAACUAGUUCUUGCCGAAGAGGAACAGUCCGUGCCUGUUGAGGGGUUUAGGUCUGAACCAGUCGAGAAAGAGGUCACACCUACGCCAGCCGACGAGAAGCCCCCUUCUGAACUGGCUCAGGCAGAGCUCACUGACCCUAUGCCGACUCAGGGAACCGAACAACUUGCGGGGACUUCUAUUAUGGCAGAAGAAACGCCUGAGGCCGAAGAUCCCUCUGUUGAAGAGGUCGCGCAGCAGGAUCUCCCUACCCAUGCAGCCGCCACCGAGGCCUCUGAAGAGGCAUCAAUGACUCCUGCUCAAAAGAAGAAGGCGAAGAAAGAUAAGAAAAAGCGCCGAUCCGUUGUCGCCGAAGAGGAACAGCAUAUACCUGCUGAGGUGCCCAAGCUUGAAUCCGCUCAGGAAGAGCCCACUGUCGACAAAGAUGCGCAGGCUCUUGUUAUGACAGAAGACGCGCCUAAGGACGAAGAACCCCCCAUCAAAGACGUCACGCAGCAGGAUACCCCUGCUGAGGGAGGUGCUACCGAGGGCACUGCGGAGGAGACAAUGACCCCCGCACAGAAAAAGAAGGCCAAGAAAGACAAGAAAAAACAACGCAAGUCUGUUGCUUUUGACGAGGAUGCUACUCCGAUCGAAGGACCCAAGCCAGGUCAAGAUUUAUCUACACUCGAAGACAAGGUUGAACCUCAGGAUGCUCCGGCUGACUUGGUUGUCUCUGGAGAAUCAGACAAGGAGUUGCCAGUGGCCGAAGAAACCACCAAGUCUGCUGCUAAAGGGGAAAUUUCAGAGAUGAUAGAAGAACCCGCUUCCUCUGAACAAAGCAAAGAGAUCACCGACCAUGAACUAGUCUCAACUGCUGCGCCCGACACCCCGGUUUCUACUGAAAUCGAGUUGCCAGAGCAGGCGGAACAAUAUGCUCAGCCUCCCUCGGAGCCCAAGUCACCUAGUGCACAAGAGCCCGAAGUUGCCUUGACUACGGCGCAAAAGAAGAAGGCGAAGAAGAAUAAGAAGAAGGGCAAGUCUGUGGACUUAGCUGACAACGCCCCUGCUGCCACAGACGCAGCGCAGGAAUCUGAUCCUAAAUCCGAGCUUAUUGUUCAAACUUCCAUCGAUAUUCCGGCUGCGACCCCGGAUUUGCAAGAUAACCCAGCCUCUGAGCCAGUACAGCUCGCAGAGGGUCUAGAGAGUGAAGAUACCAUUGACGCCGAGGCUCCCAAGGCCGAGGAAGUCGAGCCAACAGAAGCCGUAUCAGACGCUUUGUCGAAAGAGGAAACCGCUGGCGUCAAGGAGACCGACAACGAGCCUCCGGGGACUGAAGCAAUUGUCGAUGCUGAGGCAACUCCCUCCGAAGAACUAGAGGCCGGUGCCCAUUCUUCUGCGGACCUGAACGAAGAAGCUGGUAUGUCAGCCAAGGAGCGACGCAAAGCUGCCAAGAAAGCAAAGAAACGCCAGUCCAAGAAUGUCGACACCGAUAAAGACGUUGCAACAUCCGAUUCGCCUUUUGCCCCGGGAACCGAGCCUGCUACACCCAUUGAAGCGACCAACAGCGUCGAAAAAGUCCUCACUUCUACGGACACAGACGUCCCUGGACUUUCAGCCAUAUCGGCACCCUCGCCUGCGCAACAUGACGGUAAAGAACAUCAGUCCCACGACUUAAAAACUUACGACGCCACGGCGCAAGAUACGGCCUCGACUGAUAAAUACGUGUCUUCGCAGGUAGAGCAGACGCCGACAGAGAGUCCUUUUUUAGAUUAUCCUCCCCAACCCGUGCUUGAGCGUUCAGUUGAUUCCGGCGAGUUGGUGGAGGGAAAUGAUCAGCAGAAGCGCGAUGUUGCCCUUGCUGCACAUGAACGGGAGGAGGAGAUGGUUGAGCCUGCAUCUCUUGAGGAAAUGAAGGAAGUGAAUGAUGGUGAGAAUGUUGAGGAGAAAUCGUCUAUGCCGGAAUCAGGUGAUAUCUCAAUGAAGAAAGAAAUUGAAGAGACGUCUGUUGAUGUGCCCAUUGAUGCUGUCCCUGAGGAGACACAAGAGUCUCGUGUGGGGGUGGCUUCUAAGACAGCUGGCUCGAAGAAGCAGAAAAAGAAGAAAAACAAGCAAGAAGAGGGAAUUGCAGCUUCUGAGCGCGAGACCUAUAUUACAGACGACAGGGAGCAGCUUGAAGCUGCGCCUUUGGUUGAGGGCGAGCAUCAGCCGGCAAUAAAGGAAAUCACUGAGCCUGAGCCUAUUGCCGAGGCCGAACUAGUGCUAUUCCCAGAGAAGCAACCGGGAGAUCACUCACAUGACAUCGAAGAGAUUGUCGCUGGCCAGAAAACCGAGGACGUUGAUGAAACCAAGGAUAUUAGCAUUCCACAAGUCGAGGGCGUUGCUCCUCCCAGUGAAGCGGCCACGCAGCCAGAGGCCGAUGCAGUCGCCGAGUCCGCUGAAGAGGCGCCAAUGACUCCUGCUCAGAAGCGCAAGGCUAAGAAGGACAAGAAGAAGCAACGCCAAUCAAUCCUUGCUCAAGAAUCCGAACCUGGGCCCCAGGCUGAAGAACAGACAGCAUCUGAGGCGGCUGGAACUUCUCUCCAAGAGGCUGAGGUUGCAACGGAGUGGGCACCUGCCGAAGUUAUCACGCAAGAUGAGGCUUCUACUAGCCCAGAUAAGCCUACAGUGCAGCCUAUUGAUGUCCCCGAGGAGGCCACCAAGAAUCUUGUAACGCCUUCUCAACAUACUGGACCGCAUGUUCCAAGCCAAGAAAUCGAAGGUGGAGAUAGCUCUUUCGAUCUCUCUUCCACCGAGCCGAAGGUCGAGGAGGGAGACAAGUCGCCUGAGGAAGCUUCUGGAACCCCGGCGGACGAGCAACCUAGCGCACAAACGCCGCCUGAACCUGCCCCUGAGCCCGACGGGGAAUCGGCAACUAUCGCUAAGAAUAACAGCAAAAAAGAGCAGAAGAAGGCCACGGCCGCUGCUACUACUGCUGCCAUCACCGCCACCCCUUUCGAGAAAGAAUACCCACAAUAUCCCGAGGAGCCCUCGACGAUCACGCCUGAAGCUCUGGAGUUGGUGGCAGAGCAGCCUAUCGUCCAAGGGCAGCAGCCUUCAGAGACUGAGGACAAGCCUCGGUCUGAUGCAGAAAAGAGCCUAGACGAAACAACAGAAUUCACAACUUUUGAGCCGAAAGAAGAUGUUUUGAAGCAGCCUGUUGAUGCUCUCGAUUCUGUUAAAUCUCUCGAAUCCGAGGUAAGGCCGGAGCAGUCUACAAAAGAGCCAGCCCAAGAAUCAGCCGCCAUCAAUACUAUUACUAGGAAAAUGUCAAAGAAGGACAAGAAAAAUGCCAAGAAGAAAGCCACACAAGAAGUAAUUGAGCCGGCUGUUUCUCCUACCAAAGAUCAUGUUCCUGCCGCCACGACUGCAACUGCAGAAGCUGCUCCUGAACCAGAGGUGACUUUUGAGGAGACCUCAGCGGAGGUUGUUCCUGCCAUCGAGUCUGCAACUACCGAGGCUGAUGUUGAAUCGGAGGCGACACUUGAAAAAAACCCAACUUUUUCUGAGCAUGAGUCCAUUUCCCCGGAAGAAACCCAGGUGGCUCCGAAUCACGAGCCUGAAAACACCGCAACGACGGCUCUUAGGGACUUUAGCAUCGUAUCAGAUAACAAGCAACUUUCAGAAAGCAAGAAAGAUGAACUCGUCUUACCCAUCCAACCCACUGACCCAGAUACCAACAAUGAGCCCCUUCAUCUCGAGGAUCCUGCUGAGAAGAACGACCAAGAUUAUGAAGCACACGUUGGGACUGAUGCAGACCUUGAGAAAAGAGCUGAUCUCGAAGUCGUCGAGGAUCAGCCUGGAGAAUACGAAGUGAUGUCGCCUCUGUCCAAGAAGGUGUCAAAGAAGGAUAAGCGGAAGGCCAAGAAGAUCGCCGGCAUCACCGAAGAAGUUUCGACUCAACAACGGGAAGAGCCUCAGGUUGAUGUGGCUGAGUUACCCACGGAAUCUGAGAUACAGCCGACAGAGCCUGUUGUGGAACCGGAUACUUCCAAGGAACUGGAACAUGUUGCAGAACCUCACCCUGCAUUGGAGCAAGGGCCGUCAACUGAGGCUCCCCUACUAAUUGAGGAUCAGCCUGUAUCCGGGUCUGAAGUUCAGGUUGAGCCUAUGCAACCCGAUGAAGAGGCCGUCGUUAGCGAGGAACUUCCUCUGUCACGUAAGGCCUUGAAGAAAAAGGCAAAGAAGGCCCAAAAGUCCAAAAAGUCCCUGGACACUGAGCCACCGGCUAAAAUUCCGAUUGAAGCAGAUCAACAUGCCACCAUUGUGCCGUUUGAAGAUAAGAACCAGGACACAGAAGCGCCUGGUGAAAAGUCGGCUAAUGACGAAGACUGGCCGUCGAUUGACUGGCAAGCAAAAUUUGAAGAGUCCCAGCGAUCAAGGGAAGAGGAGCCUGAACCUGAGCCGGACAUUCGACCUUCAGAGGCUGAGAUUAUAGGAGAAUAUGUUGAUCCUUCAUUCCCCGAAGUUUCGCGAGAUGCAAACGAAGCUGCGGAGGAAGAUAAUUGGGCUUUGCCGGCGAGCAAAAAAGACGAGCUGCAGUCACACCAAGCUGCUUCGGAAGCCCAGGAGGCUUCACUGGGUCCCUUUAACGACAAAGAGAUUGAACCUCCUAUUCGAACAACUACUCCAGGUGGAUCUAAGAUUGCCAACUUAUUUCCCGACCUCGAGCGUGCGGGAUUCCGACGAUCAGCUUUGGACCAGCAAACACCGUCGCUAAAAGAUAGUGCUGAGGAAGAGACAAGAGCGGACUUGGAAGCGAAUCGCGAUAUCGCGAUCCCUGUCUCUGAAGCACCCCUAGCGACCACUGAAACCAAAAGAAUUGGCGAUGAUUUCGCCUCUGACCUGCCUAGCAGUCUCGAAAGACAAAUUGAGUCUACAAUCUCAGAGUUGAAAGCUCAAUCCGAAAGUCCUGCUGCCACGGAGGAUGAAUCAAUCAGGGGGCCUGAACUUCCGACGCAUCGCGAAAAUUCCUUAGAUGCGUCAUUGCCAUUGUCAAUGGAACCCUCCAGUGACCGGAAUCGUACCGAGGAACCUUCUUCUCCUACGCGCCUUCCGCCUGGGGCGGAAGCCGGAGAGGAACUGUGUGAGCCACGCCGAUCACCAUCAAUCCAUGGACGGCACCAGCAUACACCCAAAACAUGGAGUUUGGAAGAACCGUCUCUACAAGCUCUCCGUCCCCCUUCCCCUCCUCGGUCGCUCUUCGGAGGACCGACUGACGAUUAUGUGCGACCCCGGACUCCGCUUGAUACAAUUGCGGAACAAGAACCACGGGAUGGCCAGGGAGCGUCCAUGGCUCAUCGCGGGACGCCCCGCCUGGAGAUGAAGUCCGAGCAUGUCUUACCUCGGCCUCAGACACCCGUCCGGAAGUUUACAGACAAUGCCUUUGAUCGAGAGGCUUGGCCUACAGAAAACCAAAAGGGCGGGGGUUCAAACCCCGAUAUUCCAAAAACGCCUGAGCAAGGGAUAUCAAUUCUGAAACCCAGCACCAGCAGCGGUAAAUUACGUCGUACAAAUCGCAGUGUUAGUGGCGAUCUGCGGGCGGCUAGUCGAGCGCUAGAUUCCCAGCCUUCGAAUCUCGAUCUCGAUCAGGUCCCGUCUUCCUCCUCUUACGACCCCGUCACCGACAAGGGCAAACGUCCCCUGCGAAGUAUGUCGGAUGUCUAUGAGGGAUGGGGUGAGACGCCCAACUCCCCACGGUCGCCCAGCCGACCGCCUAGUGUCCGUCGCCGUCGCAGCAUGCAACAUUUGCAAGACAUCGAAACCCGCCUCGACCAGCUCAUCUCUGAAAAUCGUCUACUGAUCGCUGCUCGCGAUGAAGCUGAAGAUAAGCUUCGGAAUACCAGCGUCGCUCGUCGAAAGAGCGACCGUGCCCUUAACACCCGCGACGGCGAUCUGCGCGAUCGGGAAUCGGAGGUGGAACAAUUGAAGAACUCGGUGGAAUGGCUGCAGAAGGAGAUGACUCGUCUGACCCAAGAGAACGAGGGACUGACGGCAUCCAACUCUGCGCUCGCCGCCGCCCACGCAGCCGAGGUCAACACCCUACGCGAGUCGUCCAUGCGCGACCUUGCCGACUUACAGUUGCGACACACUCAACUCUCGUCCCAGAUGGAGGAUCGAGUUCGACAAGAGAUCGAGUCGGCUCUUGCACAAAAAGAUGUUGAAUUGCGCCGUCUGCGCACCGAACUUGAGGUGGCCCGCGAUAAGGUGAAGGAGCUCCAACAACAAAUCGCAGCCUCGGUACAUGACAAUGCCCUUGUCUUCCGGGAUGAAGAGUACUUCGAUGCUGCCUGCCAGAAGCUGUGUGGCCAUGUCCAAUCUUGGGUCGUGCGCUUCUCUAAGCACAAUGAUAAGCGUCGCUGCCGCUUACUUAGUGAGUUGCAGGACGAAAAGAUCGCAGACCGUUUUGACAACGCCCUCCUCGACGGCUUCGAUCCCGAUGCCUACCUAUCUGAUCGUGUCCGCCGCCGUGAUGUCUUUAUGUCGGUGGUCAUGACGAUGGUUUGGGAAUACAUCUUCACCCGCUACCUUUUCGGCAUGGACCGGGAGCAACGUCAAAAGCUCAAGUCUCUUGAGAAACAAUUGGGCGAGGUUGGUCCAACUCGUGCUGUGCAUCGCUGGCGAGCUACCACUCUCACACUGCUAUCCCGGCGACCGGCCUUUGCUGCGCAACGUGAAAGUGACACGGAGGCUGUUACUCUGGAAAUCUUCCAAACCCUAUCGCAGGUCCUCCCUCCGCCGUCUCAUGUUGAAUCCCAGCUCCUGGAUAACCUCCGCAAGAUCAUGCGGGUAGCAGUCAACCUUUCCUUGGAAAUGCGUACCCAGCUGGCUGAAUUCAUUAUGCUACCGCCUCUGCAGCCUGAAUAUGAUACAAAUGGCGAUCUUGCACGCCAAGUGUACUUCAACGCAGCCCUGAUGAACGAGCGCAGCGGUCUGACGAACGACAACAGCGAGCUCGAAGCCCAACAGUCCAUUGUGCGCAUCGUGCUCUUCCCUCUCGUUGUCAAAAAGGGCAAUGAUGUAGGCGAGGGUGAUGACGAAGUCGUCGUCUGCCCUGCCCAGGUCCUCAUUGCCCGCCCUAGCAAAGACAAGAAAGUAUCAAAGAUGAUGAGCGGUGACCGCAUGUCCAUCGAUGCUUCCAAGUCGGUCCACAGCAUUGUUCAAAGUGUUACUCACAGUGUGGCACCGUCAUCUAUGAUGGACAUGAGUAAUGUGAUCUGA